AUGUCUCUGCCUUUCACCGAACAGUGGAACGCAAUUCAUCCCAGGACCCAAAGUCCAUACCAUCAGGCCCCUGCUGGGCACCUCGGUACUCAAGCGGGUGCUAGUGCAGGUGUCGCCAGCCUCAAGGGUGAUGCACGAGGCGCCAUAGAGAUUGAAGGAAGCCCACUUGCUGCCAGUGUUGGUCACAGUGAUGGUAUUGUCGUCGUCGUUCAGGACGGCGGUGCCCCAAUUCGGGGCCGUGGCAGUCCAGGUGCUACCGCUCUGGACAAAGGAGACACUGGAAACGACACCGCAGCCCGCGCAGCCGCAGUAACGAGUGCACUCCGCGGCCAUGGAGGCCGGGAGAAGGGCGAGGACGAGAGCGCUGAUUCUCAUUCUGGUCGUUUUGUUUAUUGUCGGAGGUCGCAAUCCCGAACGCGAUUUCAGGUCCAAGGUAACACUGUCGGUAGAACACCCGGAAUUGUUUCAAAGAUCCAUCCGGCUACGUACGCCAAGGCCUACAAACGGGCCGGACACGGACGAUCGACCGGGUGUUCAACUGUUACGGCUCUGAUAUGUCACGAGAUUUACAUCCACCCAAAGAGAAGAUUGUGA